AUGUACCAAGUGUUAACUCUCCCAUGUAUCGGCGACGUAUCUCCAUUAAAAUUCAACGCAGCCCUCGCCUGCACGGCCAGUCUCUUUUUUUUCUCCGGAUGGUGGAUCAUGAUCGCUCUAAUAGCUGAAAACUUGGUCGACGUCUGUGAAUUUCUGCCCGGAUUAUUCGCUACUGCCGGUAUGGUCAUCGUCAUGUUAAUACCGAUCAGUUUGAUCCAGCAGCCUAAUUUGUAUGCGUCAAACACUUGUUGUGGAACUUUGAUAAUCAGAACCUGUCUUCUGGUCGGAUUUAUGGUAUCGUUUGGAUCUGUAAUUGGUGCGUCUUAUAUUCUGUUUAACGAUUAUCUGCUGGAUAAAGAACAGGUGAACAAGUGGCCAGGAUUUGGGAUUUUGUUACAGACGUUGUUUAUAUUCUUUGCCACCGUACUGUUGAAGUGUACAAAGUCAUCGGACUAUUUCUAA